GCAAAGUGUUUUCUCCAAAACAGUCUACUUAUACACCAAACACUACAGGAUAACAAAUACUAGAAACUAAUAAAACACUUUUGAAAAUAAUUAAAAUGAAAUUUUCUAUUAUUUUCCUUUUAAUGACCAUAUUUAUGGUUUCAAACUUACAACUAAACCAAGCAGAAACCUUAGAUCCAAAAAAUGACUAUACAUUUAAGCAUGAUAAACAGGGUCAAGAAGUGUUGGUGGUGCCACGAGAUCAAAAACAUAAUGAUAAGGGGGAUAAAACUGUUUUAGAAAAAGGUACUCAUAUAAAUGAUAAUAAAUCUGUAACAACUAAGAAUGCUGACAAUGAAAAAAUUGGCAAUAAUUUGGAAAAUACUACAACACAAUUGAAGGAUGCUAAGCUGGUAAAUACUACAAACGGUAAUGUUGAGGUUGAGAUGUCGGGUAAAGAGUAUAGUUUGUGGGAGAAAUUUAAGAAACUAUUUGGUUAAAAUAUAUAAUUGAACUAUUGUAAUUAAAAUCAAUGUUAAUUUUGUAAUAAAACUACAGCUCUGCAGUUGAAAAGUG